AUGGACUAUGCCGCGAUUCCCGUCCCGCCGGCGUGCUACGUCGACUUUUGCCUCAUCCCCGUUGGCACGGCCAGCGCCUCCGUCGCCGAGGAGGUGGCCGAGGUGCAGCGCGUCCUGCGGGCCAGUGGGCUCAAGUACACGAUGCACGCGGCCGGCACGACUGUCGAGGGCAGCUGGGACGAGGUCAUGGCCGUCGUGGGCAAGGCGCACACCGUCGUGCAUCGGAGGGGCGUGCUGAGGGUGCAAUCGUCGAUGCGUGUCGGGUCUAGGACGGACAAGGCGCAGACGGCCGAGGACAAGGUCAGGAGGGUCGAGGACCUGCUGGCGCGCGGUGACCAGACGCCCGCCAAGGCGCCGUGA